AUGAUUCUGCUUUUCCGGCUGGCCUCGGCGUUCUCUUUGCACCCAAGCAAGCUGACGGCGGGUCAAGACGGUGUGACGCGGGUUGCCGCCUCUGUUGGGGUCACGGCUGCCGGAUCUACGGCACUCAGGCAGCAAUGCACCAAUGCCGUUCCGGCUGUCGUGAUGUGGUACGAGGUGUUUGCGGGCGUGGUUAUGUGUCUACACUCUGGCAACACUGACGAUGGACCCACUAACAUUAGAGCUUCUGCAGCACUUUUAACGACGCAUGCAGUGUGCCGCGAUUCUUUACACCCCAGACUAUGGACAGUCGGACGCCUUGGAGCAAAAGGGUUGAAGAGUUUUAUGCCAGAAGUGAUUUUGGUCGAGGCUAAACUUAACGCACAAAAGAAUCCGCCGUCGUCUUCUGGUGGAACCGAUCUUCGAAUCUCUUCACCCAACACUUUCCCUCCAAAUGGAAGUGGUGGGGUUCUACAAAAAGACAUGUCACUGCUUCUUUCAGCAAACAUCAGUGUCAUCCGGCAGUACCAUCAGGCGAACCCUCAAUGUUGUGUUAAGCAGAAGUUGGGCGGUGUCGAAGGCUAG